CUGACUGUCGUGCAGAUCCACGAGAGCAGUCCCCUGGACCUGGCCAGCGAGGAGCCCGAGCGGUUGCCGUGCCUGCGGCGGCUGCUGCAGCUGGGGGCCGACGUCAACGCCGCUGACAAGAACGGGAAGACAGCACUGCUGCAUGCCCUGGCCAGCAGUGACAGCGGCCAGAUCCACAACACCGACAGCAUCCGUCUCCUGCUGGAAGGAGGCGCAGAUGUCAGGGCUGCCACCAGAGACGGUGACACCGUCUUCACCUACGUCAUCUACCUGCUGGGAGAGAUAGAGUACAGCUACACCGAGGAGGAGGCCGAGGACAUCGAGCGCUUCUGCUUCCGUGUCACGCAGCUGCUGCUGGCCCACGGUGCCAACCCCAGCGAGUGCCCAGCCUCGGAGUCCCUCACACAUUUCUGCUUAAAAAACUUCAAGGACUACUUCCCACUGCUGCGCUUCCUGCUGGAGUCAGGUGCUGCCUACAACUGCUCCCUGCACGGCCCCUCGUGCUGGUCCGGCUUCCGCAUCGCCUUUGAGCACCUCUGCUGGCACCUCAGUUACUUGGACAAUGAAACCUAUUCCUCAGACCUCAUCCAGAAGGGCCAGACUCUGCUGGAGCUCAUGAUGGCCAGUUCACAAGCCAUCCAGCUGCCCAGCAAUUUUGAGGUCAACACCAGCAGCUGUAGGUUCUAUGGGGAGAAGGUGCAGACUCUGUUCUGCUCUCUGAAGCAGCUGGAGCGCUCGCCACAGGCGCUGAAACACCUCUGCAGGGUGUCCAUCCGGCAGCGCCUGAAACCGUGGCCAGUGGGUGACAAAAUCAAGGCUCUGCCUCUCCCAGACCGGCUGAAGUGGUACCUCCUCAUCGACCACGCUGCUGCUGGGCACGAGGACCUGUGACCCUGACCGUGCCUCUGUGUGCUCCUCCAGAGCCCUGCUGUGCCUGCAGCCACCAUAGCUCUGCUCUGAGAGUUUUCUCCGCAGCAAGAGGUGCUGCCCACGGAGUCCCUCUCUGCGGCAUUCUGGGGGUGUUUUCUUGGGCACAACAUCACACCUGUGUUUGUGAAGGUCUUGUUGCUCUGGGACACGUCAUGGGGAUACAGACAGAGCUCCUGGGCCUUGGGGAGCUGGAUACUGGGGCUGGUUUGGAGGGACAUUAAGGCCUGAGGGCAGGAUCAAUGGGUUGGAGGCUGUCACUGGACAGGCAGCCUGUCCCCUCUCACCCAGCCCUGCCAUGGGCGGGUGAUGCAGUGCCUUAGGUGUCCAGUGGAGUUGAGAGAUGCCUCAGGGUGCUGGGAGAAGGUGUUCUGGCUUUCCUGCCUCUGGUCCUGGUGGUGGAAGCAGGUCCAGCAUUAUCCUGUGGGUGUGGAUGCCUUCCUUGCUCAGUGUGGAACUUCUGACAGAAGUUGGGAGUGAAAUGGGGCUGACUGCUCCACGCCCUCUGAGUUUCUGCACCCCGUCCUGGCACAGAGGAACAUCCACCAAGGACAUCUCAGAGUUACUGGGCUGCAAAACACACAAAGGGAUGUUUCCUAUCAUGGUGUGUUCCCUGUGCAAGGAUGAGGAAUGGAGUCAGCCGCUGAGUGCCUUGUGCCUCCCUCCCCAUUCCUUGGCUCUUUCCCUUGGUGACCACUCCCAGGAUCUUAUUUUCCAGUGCCUCCUUCCCAGAAGGAAUUGCUGCACCUGGAGGGCUGUGUUCCAGCCUUGCCACAGCUGCCUGGCUCCCCUUUCUAGGCACCUGCUUCCUCGUGACGUGCCAAAGGCUGGCCACAGAGCUGAGCCCCACACAGUUUUGUUGGUUUGUACUGUUUUUCAUGGGGGAUGGAUGCAGUAGAUGAAGAGGAAAAAUCUGUUCUGCUCAAAGACAGUUUGUAUCAGGUGGAUCUGGGAUUCACUGGCAUUUGGAACUGGAACUGUGUGUCCUGAUGAACUGGUGCUUAAAAAAACCCAGUAAUGUGAUCAAAUUCUGCCCUGGUGUCUGGAAUGGGAACCCAACUAUUAAACAAGGCCUUCUAUAAUAACA